AUGCACUUCACAUCUUCUCUACUAGCGCUCCUGGCAGCGAGCGCUGUCGAAGCCCAGCAGUUCCUAAUCAAUGAGCUUAGUUUCGGCCAUUCUGGACGGUUGAGCCCUCCCGACGCCAACGGCCAGAUUCCCGGCUUCAGCAUCGCCAGCUCGGGGCGCCCGCUACAGAUCCUCUCAAACAAGGUCAUCCUGACCCCAAUCUCUCCCGGAAACCAACGAGGCUCGAUAUGGUCGACCGGCACGCUGAACCACGAUCAAUGGGUGGCCGAUGUGGACUUCCGUGCCAACGGACCCGAGCGUGGUGGCGGCAACCUGAACAUCUGGCUCGCAAAGAACGGUGAAGCCGAGAUCGGCUCCAAGAGCAUAUACAGUGUGGGCAAGUUCGAAGGUCUGGCGCUGGUCAUUGAUGCGCACGGCGGCACUGGGGGCAUGCUCCGAGCUUUCUUGAGCGACGGAACCGUGGACUACUCGGCCAAGUCCAGCAUCGAUGGUCUAGCCUUCGGUCACUGCCCCUAUGCCUACCGCAACUUGGGGCGCCCGUCGCAGAUCAAGCUGCGUCAGACCUACGAGACCUUCAAGGUUGAGAUUGACGGCCGUGUCUGCUUUGAGACCGACAAGGUCGCCAUCCCUGCCGGCUAUGCCCUCGGUGUCACCGCAGCUACCCCCGAUACCCCGGACUCCUUCGAGGUCUUCAAGGUUGUCGUCAUGUCCGACAAGUCCAAGUACGAGAAGUUUACCCAAAAUGUUCAGGAGGAUGCCUACUCGCGCCCAAGAGACCCCCUCUUGGACAAUGAGCAAUCAGAUCGCCUUGCCGAUGAAAUUGUGAGAGACAUAAUUCAGGAAGAGAGCAAUAACGCCAUCACAGAGCAGCUGCAGGUUCUCCAGGCUAGUCUGGAAUCCACCAACCACCACGUCACCUCCGUCUAUCGGUCCGUCUCUCGACUCCACCAGGUAGAUGAGCAGCGCCACGAGGAGGUCAUCAAGCUGCUUAAUGAGAUCAAGAGCGAGUUUAGGAAGCUUGACCAGCUUGGCCCGAUCGACCAGCGUGUCAAGGACCUGGAGAGAGAAGUCCGCGGAAUGCGCACCGACCUGACCAAGAAGAUCCAGAACAACGAGCGCACAGUUAAGGACUAUCUGACCGACCACCACGCGUCUCUGUCUCAGGCCAUGCUUGAUCGCAUUCCGGGUCACGGGAAGCUGAUUUUCAUCAUCAUUGGCACGCAGGUCGUCCUGGUCGUCUUCUACGUCUUCUACAAGAGACGCCGCGCCAACUCGCCCAAGAAGUUCCUGUAA